AUGGUGGUAGCAACAUCAUCUCUCGCCCUUACUGAUGAGGAGAUCCACCAGUUGAUGCACGCUGCUCAACGCGGUGACCUUAUCCAGCUUAAGUUGCUUCUUUAUGGCGUAUCCCCCGACAUCAGGGACAGCACGGGCCGAACCGCCUUCUCUUGGGCGGCUUCAUACGAUCUAACCCAAUCACAGGAGACAUACAACAAUCGCAGCCUUGUAUUGCAAUGCCUCCUCGAUCGAGGGGCUAAUCCCGAUCUUGCAGAUUACCAUGGUGAAACCCCGCUUCAUUGGGCUGUCAAAGCGGGCGACUACCGCAUGGUGGAUUUGCUUCUGCAAAAAAKGGUCGAAUCGGACUUGCCAGACUCGCGAGGCCGCACGCCAUUGUCCAGGGCGGCGGAGCGAGGUUAUGAUCGUCUGGUGGAGGUCUUGUUGACCAAGGGCGAAGCUGACGCGGACUAUAAGGACGCGCGAGGUCGCACGCCGCUAUCGUGGGCCGCCGAGAAUUGGCAUCUGGAGACAGCAAGCAUUCUGGUGAAUCAUGGCGCUAGCGUGGACAUCCACGAUAGGGAGGGACAAUUACCCUUGUGGUGGUUUAUCAGUAACACAGUCAAGCGAACAGCGAUGGAGCAGCAGUAUCAGUCCGGGAAAGGGGACUAUCUCCAAGAAUGGCUCACUCUACUGGGGCCCAAGCAGGGCGCCGAGCCUAUGACAAAAGCUCGAAGAACAUUUCUUUCCUGGGCCUGCGAGAAAGGCGAUCAAGAUCUCGUUAAGCAUCUGUUGCAGACCGUCUGGGCUGAUCCUAACUCCAUCGACCGGUAUAGGAAGACACCCUUGAUCUACGCGCUAGAAUGGAACCACUACGAGAUUGCAGACAUGCUCAUCUCUGGGGUUAAGGUGGGAACAACUUUAAAAAGGGACAUUGUCUCCUUGCGCAUUAUGAUCCAGGAAGGUCGGUCUCGUCUCCUCAAGCCCUUUCUUGAGAGAUACAAGCCGAGCCUAGAAAAGGAGGACGAGUACAACACUGUUCCUCUCAUGAGGAUAGCGCUGCAGCAGGCCGAUCGGGCAACGGUAGCAGUCCUUCUAGAGCACCAAGCCAGUAUUCAAGGCCUCGAGAACGUGGACUGGUUCGGUCCUUGCAGCACCAUCAAGUCGUCGGCAGACUUGGUUUUCCUGAAUGAUGUGCGCACGGGACAUGGCCACAAUGCAGUCCCUUUGAUGAAUAUGGCCAUACAGGAGGGUGAUCGUGCGGCAGUGGCGGCGUUAUUGGACCAACGUGAAAAAAUCCUCAGGAUUAAAGAACAAGAAAACGAUUAUGACAGCGAUCUCGGACGGCGCAGCAAAGAGGUCACUGCAGCGGCUGUCGACAUUGCGGUCGUUCGUGACGGAAUCAAGACAGCACAGUGGAUUAUUGACGGUGCAUUGGAGACGCAUGUCAGGAAUAUGCCGAAGACGUCAGACGAAACUCAUCUGAUACUCUUCCGGGAGAAUAAUUUAUGGAAAACUUACCUGCAGAUGGGCCAUUCGCCAAACGAGCUGAGGUUCUCUUUGGGGAACAAAAGCCCCUGCAGAACAUUUACCUUGUCCAUUCAAAUGAAUCUGACAAUGUCUCAUACAUUUCCUGGCGGUCACAACGAGGGGAAAUUCCGCAGCUAUGAGAAUGGUACGUUCCGAACAAUUGAAUGGGCUGUCCUCGAAGUCCCUCCGAAAGCCAUACAUUACUUCAGUAAUCUGCCGUUCGGCUGGGUUCCCAAGAAUGACUUGGAGUUCAUUCAGCUAUUCAUGCAGACUUGGAGAGAAGACUGGAUGGAUUUCUGUCGAGACGCCAGAAGCGCUCUGAGUCGCCUUCGCUCCCAUCAACUGACCGUUCGAGGCAGAGAUGACCUCUUGAUUGACGCAGUUGCCGAGAAUAUGCAGCAGUGGACCCGAAUUCAAGGGACGCUGGAGGAACAGCUCAGCCAGGCGCGUCACUUUGUCUCACAAUAUCAACGCUACAGCGAAACUCGUCGGUUCAGUGAGCAAAUGCAUCAGACCAUCAACGCCGCGGAGCGUGACAUCCAAAACCAAGAGUUUGCCUGGGUCUCUAUCAAUGAAGCGCAUCGGUCAACCAGCUUGGCAACGAGUCUGAAGCGGAUCAGCUGGAUUACUCUGUCUAAUCCUCGCAGAGCCUCCUCGGAAUGA